GUACAGCAGAUCCUCUUCGCCGUGCUGGGCAACGCGUGCGUGAUCGCGGCCAUUGCCCUGGAGCGCUCCCUGCAGACGGUGGCCAACUACCUGAUCGGCUCGCUGGCCGUCACCGACCUGAUGGUCUCGGUGCUGGUGCUGCCCAUGGCCGCCCUCUACCAGGUGCUGGGCAAGUGGACGCUGGGCCAGGUGAUGUGCGACCUCUUCAUCGCGCUCGACGUGCUGUGCUGCACCUCGUCCAUCCUGCACCUGUGCGCCAUCGCCCUGGACCGCUACUGGGCCAUCACUGACCCCAUCGACUACGUCAACAAGCGGACGCCCCGCCGGGCCGCCGCCCUCAUCAGCCUCACCUGGCUGAUCGGCUUCCUCAUCUCCAUCCCACCCAUGCUGGGCUGGCGGACGCCCGAGGACCGCUCUGACCCCAAUGCCUGCACCAUCAGCAAGGACCCGGGCUACACCAUCUACUCCACCUUUGGCGCCUUCUACAUCCCACUGCUGCUCAUGCUGGUCCUCUACGGGCGCAUCUUCAAGGCGGCCCGCUUCCGCAUCCGCAAGACGGUCCGCAAAGCCGACAAGAAACAGCCGCCGCUGCCGCCCGUAGCACCGGCAGAGAAGGUGGCCGACACUUGCCUCUCCCACUCGCCGGCCAGACGGACCAAUGGUGAUCCCCAGAAGGAGCAACGGCAGCAGCAGGCAGCGGCAGCCAAAGGCAGGAGGAGCGCGGCGGAGCCCAAAGGUGCGCCCUGCGUCAAUGGGGCCCUCCGGCCGGGCGAAGACAGCUGGGUCGGUGCCUCGGCCCUGGAGCUGCGAGAGGUGACGCCGUCCAACUCAGCCAAGAGCUGCAUGCUGCCCCUGCCCAACCACCCGCUUCCCGAUGCCGGCUCGCCGGCCCCCGAACGCAAGAACGAGGCCAAGAGCACCGAGGCCAAGCGCAAGAUGGCCCUGGCCCGUGAGCGGAAGACUGUCAAGACGCUGGGCAUCAUCAUGGGCACCUUCAUCCUCUGUUGGCUGCCUUUCUUCAUUGUGGCACUGGUGCUGCCCUUCUGUGAGGCCGGCUGCUCCAUGCCAGCCUGGCUGGGCGCCGUCAUCAACUGGCUGGGGUACUCCAACUCGCUGCUCAACCCGGUCAUCUACGCCUACUUCAACAAGGAUUUCCAAAGUGCUUUCCAGAAGAUCGUCAGGUGCAAGUUCUGCGCACCCUGA